AUGGGCGAUGAACGACAUCGUUUGGUGGUACUCGGUUCGACGAAAGUUGGUAAAACGAAUCUUAUUCGGCGAUAUCUCUACAAUGAAUUCUCGGAAAAGUACAAAGAGACUAUCGAGGAUCUUCACUCUCGGCAAUUUCGUAUAAAGGGUGCUCCUUUGCUUCUCGACAUUCUGGAUACCAACUUCAAUUUUCCGGAUAUGCGUAAAGUAUCUAUAGCGUCAGCCAGUGCCUUUCUACUUGUCUUCGCUGUCGAUGAUGUUCCCAGUUUUAAGGAGAUGUCGGAUAUAUGGCAAGAAAUUAGUGCACGACGUCCAGACUUAGCCACACUUCCCGUUGUUGUCGUGGGGAACAAAUGUGACCUGCCAAGCAAGAAGAUCUUCGAAGAUACUGCGAAAGCAUUCACGAGUAGAUUAAGUGGUGACGUUCGCUACCUGGAGGUUUCGGCCAAAACCAAUCUGCGAGUGACUGAGAUUUUCCGAACACUCUUGGAGCUCAGUGGUUUUCCCUACAAUAAUGUGAGAUUCGAAAACACUUUGACCAUCAACGAAUAA